UUUAUUCUAUCAAAUGUAAUAUUAAAAGAAUCAAGAAAAGUUGUUACCACCUAUGUAAUUUUCAAAAAGGCGACUCAUUUUAUUUUAUUGCUAGUAUCCCAGUCUCUUGAAACAAAUUUUGACUUUAUUAUCGGUGCGACACUUGAAAAAAUUAAAGGUGCACUACGUAGCAGAUCUAACGCAGCUUUAUUUUACGAUAACAUGUGUUUACUGAAGUGUAAGAAGCAUAGAGAUGUAUUAUUUAACAUUACUCAAGAACAGAGACGGAUUUUAAUGUUUUCAUUCAUAAUAUUGAAAAAACUAGCUAACUAUGGAGGAGUUGAAUUAACAAAGAAAAGGAAAAAAGAUAACUUACUUUGUUUUAAGUAUACUAAGUUGAUUGAUGCAAUAAAUAAUGGAAUUUCAUGUUUAAACUCUUCUGAUGUUAAUAAUGAAAUUCUUAUUGGUUCAAAAAAUGUUGUUAGAGUUUAUAAUUUAGAAGAUAAUAAAAACAGUAAAGAAUUUUUUAUUGAAAAUUCUAAUUCAAUUGUUGGUGUUUUCAAAAAUAAAAAUGCUUUAAUUACUGGAGUUGAAGAUGGUAGAGUAAUAGUUCAAUCUUUCAAUGAUGAAGAAAAUCUUUUAAUUAAAAGUAUAAAUGUGGGUUCGAAUAUUUCAUGUUUAAAACAAGGUCAUUUGUUAGAAAAAUUUGCCACUGGUGGAAAUGAAAAUCCAUUAAAAUUAUGGGAUUUAGAAACUGGAAAGGUUGAAUUUAUAGCAAAAAGUCCUAAGCCAGAUAUGCUGCAAUUGAAACAACCAUGUUACGUAUCUGAUGUUGGAUUUUAUAAUAAUAAUAAAAUUGCAGUAGCACAUAGACAUGGAAUUGUAGAUUUACAUGAUCCAUUGUCAAAUCAAAGAAGACCAGUUGCUACAUGUAAAGUAGUGAAUAAUGGUUUUGUGUCAUUAAAAACAAUUCCAGAUUAUAGUGAUUAUGAAGUCAUUGUAGGUUCUUCAAAAGGUUCAAUCUACCAUUAUGAUUUCCGAGGUAAGUCAUCAUUACCUGUUAAAACAUUUAGAGGUUGUACAGGUUCAGUCAGAGCAGUAGAUUGUAUUACAAGUUUGAAUAAAUUAUAUGUUUUAAGUAUAAGCUUAGAUUGUCAUAUAAGGAUGCAUAACUUUUCCAUUGGAGACAUUACUGUUCAAGAUUAUAUCGUAGGAAAACCUUCAGCAUUGUUAGUGAUCUCCGAUACAGAUUCAUAAAUUUUAAUGUAAUUUUAUAAAUGUUAAUAAUAAAAUUAAUUAUCUGUGAUUUUGUUUA